UUUAUUAGACAUAAUGAAGCAAAGAAAGACGGUCACCUCCUUUCUGACCUUUUCUGAAGAAGACGAUCCCAUUGGUCAGGGAAAUCGAGUCUUGCUCUUGAAGCGUAGUGAUAAAGUUAAUACUUAUAAACUUCAUUGGGCAGGAAUCAGUGGUGGAAUGGAGGCUAAUGAUAGUUCGCCACUGGAACGUGCUUUAAUCGAAAUACAGGAAGAAACAACUUUGAGUUCAUCUGAUGUCAAAUUAAUACGUAUUGGUAAACCUUUAACUAUUCGUGCAGAAAAUAUUUCUACAAUAUGGAAAGUCUAUCCAUUUCUUUUUCGCCUUCAAUCUGACAAUAUUCACAAGAUUAAAAUAGACUGGGAACACGAAACUUUUGAAUGGAUCAAUCCUGAAGAAAUGGUUUCUUACAAUACUGUCCCAAAUUUGGUAGAAACCUUUUAUAGAGUGUAUCUUCCAAAAAAUGUACAUUUAGGUUUGGUUGAUAUGCUUACCGACAGAUCUUCUGGUGCCCAACAAUUGGCAAGUAAGGCCUUAGAUAUUUUUGCCGAAACUAUAGAAAAUAAUUCAUGUCACAAAUAUUCUCAAAGCUCCAAGGAUUUGUAUUUUGCAUAUCUUAAUAUCGGUUGGCAUUUGUGCGAAAUCAGACCUAAUAUGAAGGCUUCUACGUUAUAUAUGAUAAUAUCAACCAUGCAUCAAUGCAAAAAAGUUUUGGAUCAGGUCCCAUCAAUGGAUUCAUUUGAUAAUCAAGUUCUUGGUAUUAUAAGGGCAACGAAAAUACUGUCUCAUGAAGCAGAACAAAAAAUCAACACAGCUUUUAUUACCGCGUUAUUUCCUAAAUUUAAUGAUCAAUUGUUACAUAUUAUGACAAUGAGCUAUUCCUCUACAAUAUUUUCUGCUCUUGCUAAUCUUAUUAAGGAUGAUAAUUUAGAAUAUUCUAGAACACUUACGAUUACUAUUUUAGAGUCGCGGCCUUUAAAUGAGGGUGCAAUUCUAGGACAAAAAUUAUCAUCCUUGUUAUCACAACAAAAUGAAUCCGUAAGUAUACAAGUUAUUACGGACUCUUCAUGCGAUUUUUUCAUGCCAACUGUGACUCAUGUCUUGCUUGGAGCUGAUCGUAUUUUGGGGUAUGAUGGGUCCGUGAUAAACAAGAUUGGAUCUGUUCCAUUGGCAUUGGCUGCCCAACAUCAUGGAAAACCAGUAUACAUAGUGUCACGUGCGGAUAAAAUCGCAGGUGAAUAUGAUAACGAUCAAGUAGAAGAAAAUGCUACAAUUGAAGUCACAGAAAUUUAUGGUGAUCAAUGGAAAAUUUGUAAAAAUAUACGGGCUAGAAAUAUAUAUUUUGAAAGAUUAGAAUCUGGGUUGAUUACCGGUUACGUUACUGAGGUAAAUUCAGAAUUGCUUACAGUUGAGAAUAUUCGAAAGUUGUGGAACGAGAGAAAAUCUUUAGAACUAAUCUUUGAUGACUUGGAAAAUGAAAUAUAG